GGGGCCCGGGCGGUGAGGCUGAGGGAGGUGCGGCCGGGCUGCUCAGACUGACUGACGGACGGACGGACAGGUGGAGGAGCGGUGGCGGCCGGAGGGAGGUGGUGUAAGAGUAUUCCCUGCGUGUUGCAUUCUCAAGGAGGAAGAUCAUUUCACCUUCACUUUGAACUUCUGUCCACUUCUGUCAAACUCAGGAACGGGAUCUCUUCCUCUAUGGUAAGCGUGACUGGUAUGGGUAAUGGUGUGAAGGAAAGUCAUGUGGGUUUAAGGAAGAACGAUGUGGAGACAGUCUUACCCACUCCUCUUGUUUCCAAGGGAAUGGAUGAUCAGAAUAAAGUUUUCAACUCUCUGAUAUCUGGGGCAUUGGCAGGUGCUCUUGCCAAAACGGCAGUAGCUCCCUUGGACAGAACAAAAAUCAUCUUUCAAGUGUCUUCAAAACGAUUUUCCGCCAAGGAAGCCUUUAGGCUGAUCUACUUCACCUACCUCAAUGAAGGGUUCUUCAGCCUGUGGAGAGGCAACUCCGCCACUAUGGUUCGGGUCAUCCCCUAUGCCGCUAUCCAGUUUUGUGCACACGAGGAGUACAAACAGCUCCUGGGGCGCUACUUUGGAUUCCAGGGAGAAGCUUUACCCCCUUGGCCAAGACUCCUGGCCGGCGCGCUGGCGGGUACGACUGCCGCUUCAUUAACGUACCCCCUGGAUCUGGUCAGAGCCCGGAUGGCCGUCACCCCGAAGGAAAUGUAUGGAAACAUCUUUCACGUCUUUAUCCGAAUGUCCCGGGAAGAAGGCUUAAAGACCUUAUACAGGGGCUUCGCACCAACAGUCCUGGGCGUUAUACCGUAUGCCGGCCUUAGUUUUUUCACUUACGAGUCCCUGAAGAAAUUUCACCGAGAACACAGUGGACGGUCCCAGCCGUAUCCCUUCGAGCGGAUGUUUUUCGGGGCCUGCGCCGGUCUAAUUGGCCAGUCGGCUUCUUACCCUCUGGAUGUGGUUCGUCGGCGAAUGCAGACGGCAGGAGUCACGGGUCACACGUACGGCACCAUUCUCUGCACCUUAAAGGAGAUCGUCAAGGAAGAGGGAUUCAUCCAAGGCUUGUACAAGGGACUGAGCAUGAACUGGGUUAAAGGGCCAAUUGCAGUGGGAAUCAGCUUUACCACUUUUGACCUAAUGCAGAUUCUUCUCCGUAAACUACAGGGAAGAAGCGGUAACGAGAGCUAGUCGUCUAAUACUCCGGUGCUCCAAAGUAUUUAGAGAAUCAAAUGUGUCUGUGUAGAAAAAGCUAAUACUCUCCCACUCAUUAGUGUUCUCCCUCAUUAAUUGAUUUUGUAUUAUUAUUAUUAUUUUUUUUCAUGAUCCAGUUUUCAGUUAUCUGUACCUGGAACGGAUCUUCUCUAACACCAGGUUCUUCUAGCUGAGAAGCAGGUAACCUCUGAGCUGUGGGUAGCAUCCUUGUGUUCUUGAACUGCUUGGGAUUUCCCAGUCCCCUCCUUAUACGCUCCGGUUCUCCUGGUUUAGCGGAGCGGAGAGCGCUUCUGAAAUGAGCCUGGAGGAGGAAGAGGGAGGGUGUCAGAGGAUCGCUGUCUGCACCGCCUGCUCGACGGGGGUUUACGGUAGACGGCACUCAGUGCCUGUCCGUUUGAAACCCCCUCUGAAGUGCAAUAUUUCCCAUAGGGAAGUUUGGGAGUUUGCUGGCUGCCUGAAUAGAGAGGAUAUGAAAUAAUAUAUUGUCAGAGUUUUAUUUGAAUUUGUCAAAAGCUGAUCCCCAAAUGGGAUCCGAAAUGACAGUGGCCUGAGGUCUGGGACUUGCUGCCAUCAGCCUGUCCCCAGACUCAAUGAUUAGCACUAGGAGACCAAAGGGCCCGCCACGGCCCGUGGCCGUUUCGGCCCAGUCCGGCGAGCCGUCCGGGCCGCCCGGAUCGACUCCGACCCUCCAGGGCCCCACGAUACCCGUUUUGGCUCCUCCUGGAUCCCAUUCUGGUUUGUAGACAGCGGAGAGCCGUGGAAGUGUGGUUUGCCCUUACCCGCCUUGAAAUCAUUUUUGUCUGGUCAAAAAGUACCCCACACGCUCUUUUGUGGAUCUCUCUUUGUGUGGGGCCAUCUCGUGUAUGUGUGGGCUUUUUUUUUGUUUGUGUGUGGUUUUUUUGUUGUUUUUUUGUGAGAGAAAGAGAGAGAGUGUGUACUUCACUUUCUGGGCCAGAGGGGCUCGGAGUGCAAGACUCAUUUCCAGAAUCGCUAUCCAGUUGGUUUUCCUGGGAAGCAUUUCCAGACAAAAAUGCCUCCGUUUACGAAAUUAAGACUCAUUUCCAGAAUCGCUAUCCAGUUGGUUUUCCUGGGAAGCAUUUCCAGAUAAAAAUGCCUCCGUUUACGAAAUUAAGACUUCAGCAGUUUAAAGAGGGAUGCUGCCAACUAACCCUCAAUUUGGUACUAACCGCUACUAAGUAGUCUGCAAAAAUAAUCGAGUGUCACCGGACCUUUGUCACAUCUAGAAUGUAUUUACGUGGCAUCUGUUUUAGCUGAGGCCCCUGAGAUCUCCCUAGAGCCCCGGCUUCCAGAAACUCAGCUUUCUAGAGGCCUACACAGUGUAGGCUUGGGAUUCGAAUGGGCCGAGCCUGGCCGUAGGCAACGUUACCGGGAGCAGUUCUGCUGCUGCUCAUCAUUAGGAUGUUCCGGUGCCAUAUCUUCCCCGGUGGCGAACGAAACCUAGAGGCAGAAAAAGCAGGACUAGCUGCAUGCCGUUGUGUUCAGUUGGCUAGCGGGGUGACAUCCACCUAGUAAGGUACUCUAAGAGUCUAUGUGCUUUUGAGUGUAGUUUUGUUGUUUUUUGGAAAUUCACAGAAUCUCCCCAAAUUAAACUUGGAACCCAAAGAGGAGGGGAGGAACCCCCCGGAUCCUGCGUGUCCCAGGCGUACCCCCUGCCCGAUUAGAGGGAGAACCUGGAAGCGGGAGAUUUUUCUCCCCUCCUGGAGGGCUGCUGCUAAACUGGAAAGGACUGAACGAGACUAAGCAGGAGGAAGGCAGACAUAGGUGUUGAAACCAUAUCUUUUUCCGAGUUUAAAAUCGAUAUCAUCACUUUCGUUAGCGUAGCAGGAAGAUCACCGUACGGUUGGCGAUGUUGAACUCCCGGAUCUCUGUUGUUCUUGCGGUCUGUGGUAUUUAUUGAGCGCUUACUGUGUGCAGAGCACUGUACUAAGCGCUUGGGAGAAGACAACACACCAGAGGCGGUAGACACAUUCCCCGCCCACAACGAGCUCACAGUCUCGAGUCUGCUUUCAAGCCAAAGAGUUGGGGGGCGAACAAGACGGCGGUUCCCCGGUCUCUGGUCAUCGGACCCGCGUGACCUUGGCCGAGGACGUUCGACCCGGAGGCUCUAGGUAUUCCCGUGUACUGGCGAAGCUCCGGAGUCUGAGUGGGGUGCUGUGUGCGGAGUGGGGUGAAGGAAGGCUCCGGGCCCCUGGUUCCCCUGCCCCGGAUGAACGGGCGCCAAUCCCAGAGGCAAAGGCUGCACAUCCCGGGAGAGGAAGGAGAUGGAAAUAUGGGACCAGAAGACAGGAAAGGGUGGUCUGUCGCCAGUGAGCUACCUCCAGCCCCGCCUUAGCUGCUGAGUAGGAGGAGGAGUAUGUAUUAAGCGCCUACUGUGUGCCGAGCACUGUACGAAGUGCCAGGAGGGGGAAGAUGAGGGUGGGAAGUAGACAACCCCCAACCCCCGCCCCUCAGGGAGUUCGCAAUCCGAAAUUAGCAGACCACAAUAUCUAGUUUUAGGCCCUUGCGAAGCACCUUUGGAAAGCGACCUGUGGAGCGUUAGGGUUUCUGUCGAUAAUGGGAGUUUUCACCCCUUCCACUCUGGUGGCACAGAUCAGACCUCCCCCCAGCAGUGAGCAACAAGGUUUCUUAGACCUGACGAGCAAAAGGAGCUGGAGUUAGGUCAGGGUGUGCAGGCUUGUCCCGGAAUCGGGGUCUCUUAGGGGCCCUCUGCCCACAGCCACCGAGAUGGAGAACCGGAACCGGGUCCCGCUGAGGGGUCCGGAAGUCUGGGGUGUGGAGUCUUUUCUCCCCUCCCGGCGACUAGAAGAAUCACAAUGUAAUUUACAGCUAGGCUGAUUUUUCCCAACUUGUUUUUAGUAAUCCAACAUUUUCCCCGAGUAGGGAGGGGGUUCUAGUCGUGCCAAUGACCUGAUGACUUUAAUCUGGUAGAUAGUUCAUGUGGUGUGUAAUUUUUGUCCUUUGCACAACAGACGGUCUUGUUAAAAUAACUGGGAUUGUGUGUGGAUCUUGUAGCCCUCUUUCAAUAGAUUUUUUUUUCCUUGCCCUAUUUCUGGCUUGUGGGCAUGAUGAAAAGCUUUCUCUGCAUUCUUUGCUCGCAUGCAUCCACCCGGGUCCCGGAAUCCCAGUGCUGCCUGCGGCGAGGGGGCGGAAACAGGCUUGUGCCUCCCCGAAGAGGGGGCUCCCCCACCUGCCCCCCUUCCCGGUGGUCUAGAACAGCCUACAUGUUUGUAAGCAAGGGCCACGCUGUGGCAUCCACCUCUGUCCCUGUUCUCCGGGCUCGCUGCCAUCCACCUGGCCUCUCUUCCCCCUGGAUUUGGCACGGGGGCUCGUUGCCUGCCCCUGGCUCGAACACAUCGCCAGCCAAAGACUCCGCGCCGCCAUCCGCUUGGACCUUCAGGAACCGUCAAGUAACCUGUGUCGCACGGGAGGGUUGACGGCGGAGCCGCCCGCAGGUGGUUACGGGGACGUCUCUCGGACCUAGGGUCCCGCAGCUGUCCUGCCUCGGAAAAGUGCCGUCGGUAGAGCCCAGCAAGGUGUCGUUCUAUAGGGGGGGAUCUCCAGGCUGCGUGAGAGUUUGCGUCUGCUACGCUCUGUGAAACUAGAGGGCCUGAAUCUAGAGCAGGAGUCACGGACCCGGGACCUGGGGUUUAACAGGGCACACCUCCUCUCUCCUCAGUUCUCAUCCAUAACUCUCCCACCAACCGUCAGGAAGAGCCACUUUCCUCAGUUACCAACCCGUCAUUCAAUCAAGCAGUGGUAUUUUCCGAGUCCUUACUGUGUGCGGAGCACUGGACUGACCUAGGGCUGUUAAGGUGGUGCCGUGGUAAGAGAGGAAGGAGGGCAAGAGAGGCAUCUUGGGAGGGGGGAAUAGUGAGCCUCUUGGUUUGGAAAUACCUUAGUGACCCAGGUCACCCAGCCGCCAUCAGUCGAUUAUUGAGCGCUAAAUGUGUGCGGAGCACUGUGUAAGCGCGUGGGAGAGUAGAGUACAACAGUAUAACAGACACAUUCUCUGGACCCUUUCUUUGGCGAACACUGGGCAGCUGAGCCUCCCCCCUCCCACCUGUCCUUGGGAGCUUUGGAUUUCCAGGGGCUACCUUGAGCCCGUGGGGGUGGGAUCAAAGAAAGGGCUUCUGCCCGACCUAGCCUGAAGCAAACGUGCGACUCUGGAGAGUUGAAACCUAAUCAACUUUUUCGAUCCUCCAGGGCUAUAAGGGUGAAACUCCAGAAGGUGUUUGGGGCAAACGUGGAGGGAAGGGACAGGUGGGGAAAAAGAGUAAUUCCCGCCUUGGAGAAGCCCGCCACGCCCAAUUCCGAUGUUCCCGAGGAAGCGUGGUGGGCCUCCUCCCUGUUGACAGUGCUGAGCCGGGGCUGGGUGUGUGCUCUCUUGGAUCAAUUCCCGUGUGCUUGGUAACUGAGGAAGUUUGACCGGGGGCAGCUUAAGGGGCGAGGACAGAUACCCGAUAUCUGGCGUCUUGGAGUUAAUGAGUUUAGAAUGGAGCGAGAAAGCGUGUGUGCGUGUGAGAAGUAUGAGAAUUUGUAGAAAAUAGGGAUUUCUUGCCUGGAAGGGGUCCCCAGGACCUUUCAAGAGCUUUUGAAGCAGGUAUCCUUGUUCCCGGGGUGUUUCCCCAUGCUGCAGUUCUGAACACUCAACUCUCCAUUGCCCGGUCCUCCUCUGAAUGCCAUGCGAUGCAGGGACUUGACAUUUGUUGCCCACCUAGCUGGCCUAUGCACAGAGCACAAACACUGUUAAAUGCCUUUUGUAAAGAUGUGUUACCGCCCUCCGUGUGUCGAUUUUGAUUGCUUUUAUUAGUCUGGAGUUAUAUUUUGAUGCAGUGAAGACACUUUGUUUAUAUAUAAUGUUUCUAUAUUUUAAGAUUUGUGCCAAGAGAGUAUAUUUAAUAAAAAUUAAAAUGCC